AUGUUCUAUGAGUUCUGGAAUCUUUUACGAUUCUCGUUUCUUUGGCUGGUCAUAGUACGAUGCAAUGUGCAUAAUAAGAUGUUGUGUUGUCCGCAUUACUUGAAUCUUUGGGUGAGUCUUGUGCAAAUUACAUUGAACGUUCAAGUGGAAUCAGGCAAGGUAGAAUGUUUCUACGUGCCCAUUCUAAAGUCUACAUACAGAGCUUUGGAGCUCAACUAUCGAGUUGUAAAAGGAUCUGCGGGAAAUAGAGACAUCACUCUUGUUGUACGCGAUCCACGAGCGGUAGAAGUAAUAUCGGACCAAAGAUUGAACUUCCAUAGCCAUCGCGUCGUUAUCGGUGAUUUUCCUGGUUCUCUUGGAGAUUACACUCUAUGCUUGGAUAACAGUUACAGUUAUGAAAAUAAAGUGGUUGCAUUCGCCAUAUACUUACUUAAUGAGAAAGGCGAGUAUAUUGGAGAAGAAGCUACUAUGACACAGAAUAACGCCUUGAACGUCGCAAUGGAAGUAUUCGAGUCCUCUACGCGCCAUGUUAAGUCGAACUUGAACAAAGCUGAAAGUGAGAUGAAUGUAAUGCGCACCGUCAGCCUCGCUGACCGCUCUGUUGCAGAGGAAAACUUCGAGAAAGUAAAUUGGUAUGGCACGGUUAACACUUGUGUCAUGAUCAUUGCUGCUAUCAUCCAGGUAUACCUGAUCAGAAGCUUACUCACAGAUGAAUCCAGUGUUGGUAAACUUCUACGUAAAGGACGACUCUGA